AUGGGGCUCUUGCAGUAUCUUACCAUUCUAGUGAUAUUGAGGACAGCGGUAAUUGGACAAAACCGAGGCAUUCACAGGGCCGAUUUCAUCCGGGAGAACGGUUAUGAACAUCCCCUGUAGGUGAUUGUGAUUUGAACUUGUUGUACUUUUACAUUCGGAUUUUUUUAUUUUUUUAAAUUUAGUUAAAAAAAGAUUUCAAAUUUUGAUAUUGUACUAAAUAUUCUGCUUUUAGGAUUCUAGACAUUGACUAUCGUUGUAAGUUUUUAAUUUCUUUUAAAAAUCAAGUCUUUUAAGUUUUAAAAUUUAAAAAAUUUAAAUUCAGGGUCAUUGGAUAAGCCAGAGUUUCAGUUGGAAUUUGUUCACGAAAACUUAGCCGAGUUACAAAUCACGUUUAGGCACAGUGCCGAGCUCGUGAGAGAAUUACCAUUGUAAGUUAAUGUGUUAUGGUAUAAAAUGCUGUAAUUUAGACUAUUUUAGCACAUUUUAAUCUACAGAAGCAGUUUAAAGUAUAUUGUUAUGACUAUUAUCGACUUUCAGAUGUUUUACCGUGCUUCCGGCUUCAAAAAUUUGUGUCCAGUCUAAGAUGGUCGACUUACGUCUUAUCACUACAUAUUACUUUAUCAUUGACACGACCUACUGUGGUAAGAAAGUUUUUACAUUUAGCGAGUUUUAGCUUUAUAAUUCUUCGCUUUGGCUUAUUUACAUAUCUUUUGCAGAAUACAAUCUCGUGCACGCGCACAAACAAAAAAUAGACGGUGAAGACUAUGAACUGGUUGUCGAUGUUCCUCACGACCCUGCCGAUAUCCAUGACAUGGUCUACCUCAACUUGGUCAUUACUAGAAAGGGCCGUGUGUUCGGAAAUGGUCGAUAUGUUGCCACGGUUGACUCGGUGACCCCACUGGUGACAAAAGAUCAGAACGUGAUGGAUGUCUUUGACAUUGGAUUUAAAGACUUGGCCUACGUUAAGGUGUUCUUCCAACCAGAUGGUUUUGUCAGGGGUGUUAUUGGUGAAGAAGAAAUGAUCAACUACACUUUGACUCACAGGACGACCACUACUACACCGUGCCCAUCCGAUGAAGACAUUUAUGAACAUAAAAUCAUGGGCUAUAUCUUGGCAUUUGUAUUCUGGCUGGUGUAAGUUUAUCGACUGUUAAUGUUAUAAUGGAUAGAUUCGGUCUGAAGGCCUUUGGAUAUAUUGUAGUAGACUUACAGAGCUAGUAAAUGACUUUUAACUUCUGUAUAAUCAUUUUUUUAGAGGAGCACUCAUCGCUAGUUCCAUUGCCAGCAUCAUCGUCAUCAAGUUGCUAAAAGGAGCUUUAAUAGAAGGCGUAAGUUUAUUUUACGUAUUAUUUUUUUGAUCUUUUAAUGAUUUUAAAUUAAACUGCUUGUUCUAGAAAGAACAACUUGAAGAUGAAGAGGAGUUUGCCCAGAAUGCGGACAAAGAAAAGGUCAAGAAGGCGCUGGCGGCUAAAACUCCAAACCGUGGAAAAGAUAAUGGACGUCGCGACAAGAAGAAUAAGAAGGACAAGGCGACCAAGGACUCGAACAAGAAGGGCACCAAGAACAUUAAGGGGACCAAGAGCAGUAAGGACACUAAGAGCAAGAAGGGAGCCAAGAACAAGAAGAGCAAGGGUGCCGGCGAAGGGAAGAAUAAAUAUGUCACGGCCGCAGACGAUCAAAAGAGUGAGAAGAGUGAGUACAAGACGGCCGACGAUGGAGAUGAGUCGAAGAUGGUAUAG